GUUUUCCAACACUCCCUACAUCUCCUACAUUACAAUAAUAUUCAAAAUGCGUGCCUUCACCGUCGCCGCUGCCCUUCUCAUUGCUGGAGCCCAGGCUGCUCCUGCUCUUGAGAGCCGUCAGGAUGUCUACGGAUGUUACUUCUCUGGUGAUGGCAUCAACAACCAAUACGUCAGCGUCGGCCACGAUAUUGAUGUUACCGAUGCUAGCGGCAAUACCCGUAAUCUUGACUGCGGCACAACUUCCCAGCAACUUGUUCCCAACGUCUUCGCCAAGUGCACUGUGGACAAGAAGCAGCCGGCCGGGAUUACCGCUAACGAGUCCGACAAGAACGCUAUUAACUGCCCGGUUUCUAAGAGCAAGGUUGACUGCUAGACUCUUCACUGUCAAGUAUCAGCCUAUGAGUUGGAAG